AGUAUUUAAAUUUCUUUAUUAUGUGUAAUUUCUUUAUUGAUACUAAAUAAAAGUUUAUUUUUAUGAAAGCAUGCAGUACACAUAGUAUGUAAUAUUGAUUCCUCCCCCAAUCAUACAUUAUGUGCAUGUAUCGUACAGUAAAAAAUGGCUGCAAUAAGAAACUGUAGAAAUUUGUCAAAAAUACUAUCUGUAAAAAAUAAAUCGUUUAUUAAUUUUACUAGAACAUAUGAAGAACUUGUUCCGGAAAAUACUCAUGAAUUCUUUAGAAAUGACUUUCUGCCAAGUCAAAUAAAAUACCUGCCAAAUCUUUAUCCAAAAACAAAAGAGGAAUGGAAUGCAGCUGCAGCACGCUAUGGUUUACAUCCUGAUGAAUAUAAACCUUUUGAUCCAGUGAGAAAUUAUAAUGGAGAUUAUCCAGAUUUGCCACUGAUAAGUUAUGAAGCUAAAGAUCCUUAUUACCCUUGGGAUCAUCCUGCAACAAGAACAAAUCAUGGAGAAGCUUUACCUAUGGACUUUCAUGAGCUACUAGGAGAUCGCCAGGAGUAUGGUAUUCGUCAACCAAUUGAGCAUGGAAAAGCUACUCUUAUUGGUUGGAGUGUUUUUGGAGUUUUUUUAAUACUUUGUUAUUUAAUGCCUGAUACAAAUCAAUUUUUAAUGGCAAAACAAUAUCCAGGACAAGGAGUACAUUAUACUUUUGAACUAAAAUAAUUUGAUGAAUAUAGCAGCAUGUAUAUAGCAAAAAUUUAUGUUUCUGGAAACUUAUUACCUCCAAUUUUGGCUGGAAUUUUAGAAAUAGCUUGUUUUUACACAAAAACCGAGUUCUGAUUCAAAAAUUGAGACUGUAAUUCCAAAAAUUUCUAUGCUUUGAACUGGCUGAUAUUGUAAAAACAGAUUUUUUUAAGAUGAAAACUAUUUACAGGAAGGAUUUUUAUUAACUUAGAAAGUAAAAUUCAAAAUUUUCUAAGAAGUAUUAGUUUUGAAAGCAAAACUUUAGUAUUCAACUUUUAAAUUACUUAAAAAUUCUUCUAAACAUUUUUAUGCAGAACAUUUUCAGAAUUUUAACACAAAUCGGAAGUCGCAGGUUUUCAGAAAUUUCACCUAUAAUAUAUAAUUGUAGUCAGACAGGUUCUUUCUAAUAAAUUAUAAUAUAUGAGUAAA